AUGUCCUGCAAGAUACCCCGACCGCCCGGCAUCCCCAUACUGGGAAACGUGUUCGAUGUCAACACCGAUGAAACAUGGAACUCACUGAAUAGACUUGCCAAGAUAUACGGCCCAGUCUUCAAGAUCAAAGUGUUUGGGAACCAGAUCGUCUUCAUCGGCAAUGUGAACCUACUCCAAGAAAUAUGCGAUCAGCGACGGUUCAGAAAAUGCGUGACGGGGCCUAUUGUGGAGAUGCGACAUUGCGCAAAUGACUGCCUGUUUACCGCAUACGAUUAUGAGAAGAGCUGGGGUAUUGCGCAUAGGAUCAUGAUUCCUUAUGUCACGGUGUCGGAGACUGAUGCUUGUUUUGAUGACAUGGCGACCGUGAUCCCAGACUUGACACGCAAAUGGACAACGACGAUCAAACAGUCAGUGCUUAUUACGGAUGACCUCGAUCGUCUACUUAUGGCGUCCUGUAUGCAAUGUUUUUUCAAUCAGCGCGUCGAGGUCCUACAAGGGCCGGAACCUGCCAUCAUUCCUGCUCUGGAGCGAAUUACUAUGGAAGCAAUGAAACGGCCUACACGUCCAAACCUCCUCAAUCAGCUGUUCUAUCAGCGUGGCUUCGAGAAAGACAUCAAGAUCAUGCGUGAUUUUGCAAGAGGAAUUAUCAAGAGGCGGAAGGAGACGCCCGAAGAAUCUCGCAACGACCUGCUAGACGCACUGUUACAUGGUACGGAUCCGGACACCGGGGAGAAGCUCAGUGACACACAGGUUGUGGAUGAGGUCGUGACUAUCUUUAUCGGAGCUGCUACCAGUUCUAACCUUGUCUCUUAUGCACUGUACUACCUGAUGAAGAACCCCGAGAAGAGGACCAUGGCAUAUGCGGAGAUAGACUCAGUCAUCGGCUCGGACCAAAAGAUCCAGCUUGAGAAACUCAGGGAGUUGAAGUACUGCGAAGCUAUCAUACGGGAGACUUUGCGUCUAUCAGCCACCGCUCCAGGCUUCAACAUCGAGCCCAUUCCUACCCAAGACAAGAGCCCGAUAUUCCUCGCAGGAGGGAAAUACGAGAUCCCCCAUGAUCAAACCAUGAUCGUCAUCUUGCAUUCCGUUAACCGCGAUCCCGAAGUCUUCGAGGAUCCAGAAACCUUCAGUCCGGAACGUAUGCUCGGUGAGAAAUGGGACAAUCUUCCGAGCGCAGCAAAGAAAGGCUUCGGUAACGGCAAACGCGAGUGCUAUGGAAAGAUGUGGGCAUGGCGCUGGUCUAUUUUUACUCUUGCGACUAUCUUGAAAGAAGUCUCAUUCGAGUUUCAGGACCUGAAGUAUGAACUGGUCUCGAAUGGGGCUUUUAGUGUGAAGCCAUUGAACUUUUAUGGUCUUGUUAGUCCACGGACAAAGUGA